AUGAAGACGCCAAGUAAGGGAAUUUUGAGGAUGGGGACGAGGGCGGGGAUGAGGGCGGCGCCCGUGAGGAGCAAAAGAACAUUCUUAUAUCGGCGGAUCCAGAUUAUCAACAUUCUAUGGAUACCAAAAAAGUCACGCAAUGCUGGUACCGUCGCGAACAAGAACGCCUCGCGGACCCCCGGCUCCCCCUCCGACGCCGCAACGGUGGCAACGGACACGACGGUGAAUGGCAUCGUGCUACUUGUGGCCUUGGUUCCCCUCCCGCGGGCCUCUGGCGGCGUUGACGAGUUCGCCGAUCUCAAACAAGCGAUAGGGACUGUCAGCAAUAUUCUCUUACGCGUGGGCUUGGGUCCUCUUCCGGGUGCGCAUCACCGCGUUGACGGGAACACCGGUCUCCAACAAGCGACACGGACGUUCAACGCUAUUUCCUCCAACGAUAUUUUGGGACGCGUGGGCUUGGGUCCCCUUCGCGUGCUUCGGGCGGCAUUGACGAGACCGCCGGCACCAUCAAACGGAAGGGUCACAGGGUCAAGCAGCAGUCGGGUAAGAUGCCGACCAUCCAGGCCCUCUUUGCAGCUUGGCCCGCCGAGAUUAGGAGAAUCGCCAAGGAAAGCGUUGGGACCAAAAUCGUCACGGUCAUCACUCACAUCUUUGCCGACCAUCAGAGCACUGCUCCCAGGUCGCGCCCUGGAGAUCAAAGAGAUUGCUAAGGGAGACUUCGAAAUUGGCGCCGUCCCCAUCACUGAUGCUUACCGGAUUCAAGGUGGAAGGUGCCGUUCCGAGCGUUGCUCACAGACCACUCCCGCCAAGGAAGAGAUCGCCAAGGAAAAUCGGAACAUUGGACGUCAUCAGAAGGAUGCUCAUGUUUGCGGGCCUGAAGGAGGAGCGAUAUUCAUCGGUUCUCAUGUGAGAAUAGCGCUCCGCUAUGGAGAGGGAAGAAGGAAGCAGGGUGGAGUCCUCGGUCGGGGGAACCCGUUCCGAUUACGGGAUGGUCCUACAUGA